CCGAAACUUCCCUGGGCCUCCGUCCUUCCGUCCCAUGUGCGGCGCAUAUCCCUCCGCCACAGUCACCCCACCCCUCCUUCCAUUGCUGAGCUCGUCAAUUCCCGCAGUCCCCGGAUGGAAACUGUAAUGGCCGCCAAUAGUGAGUCGUCGGACUAUGGAGACGGGCGAGGCUGCUGUUAAAGGAAGCAAAGCAAUUCAGUGGAAAAGAAAUAUAUAGACCAUUGCAAUCCCAUAUAUGUCUGCUCAAGAGUAAAUCCCAUUGUUUUCAAUUGGGCUUAAUCCCAGGAUUUUCUGUACAUUGAAUGCAGCCUCUUUUCAGCCUUGAUUUUAUGCCUGUCAUCUCUGGGGAAAGAAAAGUAUUGAACAGCUACUGAAGAAUGGAAUUUUAGUCUUUAUUAAAGAAUAUAUUAUGUUGAGAAAAUCCUGGAACUCUGAUAAUAUUUCAGCACAGGAAUCUCUUAAAGAACAAAGAAUACGCUAACUGUAUAUUAGAGUACUAAGAAAAAUGCCAUCCGAACAAGAAACAUCUUUUUGCAUCCAAAAGACAAGCUUAUUACAAGAGAAUGUGUCAGAUAUAAUGUGUGUUUCUACAUCGGAUAUUGCUGUUGGAAAGUCUACAUCUCAACCUGCAGUUUCAGACAUUUUCUCCUAUAAACUCAAAAAUGUGAAAAUAGAGUUGCCCAGGGUAAAUAUUCCAAAUGAAGUGAUAUUUAAACAUGAAAUUGACAGAUAUGUGAAAUUAUUUCAAUGUAAAGAGAAACCUGCAGGAACAUCUUUCAUGCAAGUGGAUGUGAAUGGAAGCAGUUUAAACUGUUCUGAGAUUUAUACUCCACAUAGUAAAUCAGGACUGCAUUCCGAGGAAGGAUUGAAAACAUCAGCAAAAAUACUGAAUUUUAGCUGUCCAAAAUGCCAAAACAACAUUAGAUACAGCCCAAAUGAUUUACAGAAACAUUUUCAGCUGUUACAUCAUGGAGAGUUGCCAUCUUACCCCUGUGAAAUGUGUAAUUUUUCAGCUAAUGAUUUCCAGUCCUUUAACCAACAUCGUCGAACGCAUCGUAGCACUUUAGUAAAAUGUGAAAUCUGUAAUGAUGAUCAUAGAUAUACUUUGUUGGACUUGACAAAACAUUUUACAUCCAAGCAUUGUGUAAACGGCCAUUUUCAGUGUGAAAGAUGUAGGUUUUCUACCCAUGAUGUAGGCACAUUUGUUCAGCAUAUUCAUAGGCACAAUGAAAUGCAAUACAAAUGUGAUAAAUGUCACUACACAUGUUUUUCAAAAGAAGAGUUUCAAAAGCAUAUUGUUUCUCACACUGGCACAUUUCCCUUCAUUUGUCAGUAUUGUAACUACAUGGCGCCACGGAAAAGCUAUCUUAUAAGGCAUAUUAUUACUUUACACAGAGACCACCUCUAUGCAAAAGAUAAAAUGGACUCAAAUAACAAUGAAAAGAAGGUGAAGACUUCAACGGGACUAAAACUUAUCCUGAAAAGGUACAAAACAGGGGCAUCAAGGAAGGCACUAUGGAGACGCAAAAGAAUUACCAGUGGCAGUUGUAGAAUCGGAGAAGAUGAUCGACAAGUUCUCAAAAAUGUGAAGGAGAUUCAGCCAAAAUCUGAAGACCUUAGCCCAUCUGCAAAAGAACUACACUUCAAUGAAGAACAGAUUCUUCCAAAUGAAAAACCUGUCUACACUGGCACAAAAUCCGCUCAAGCAAUACAUUACAAUAAAGCAGAAGAUGGACAAGGUUCUGGACUGGGAUUGUUGAAAAAUGCUGUUCAUGGCCCUACGGUAUUGAUGGUUAAAAACAAUAAAAUAUCUGUUCCUGCAAACUACAGUGCUAAAUUUAUGGGAUUCAAAGUGGUGGAUGGAAAACAACAUAUAGUGAUAAAACUGCUCCCUACAGAUAAACAGAAUUUGCCAGCAGGGAAUAAAAUUGAUGGGGGUAAAGAUGGUUCAACUGAAUGUCUACAACAGACAGCUGACAACUUCAAUUUACCUUCAGGUGCUGGACCUCAUGAAAUUAAUCAACAGAUGUCUAGGAAUAAUUCUGUUCAUUCGUUAACAUCUCCAUUGUCAUUUUCUAGUCAAUAUUCAGGAAGAAUAAAGCAAGAAAGUAAGAGUUCUUUAAGUUGGAAUACAUCUCGAACUGUUGCACCUCCUAUUGUAGUGGUAGGAAAAUGUGCAACUCGUCUGCCAGUGAAACCAGAUUCUUCUUCACUUCCUUGUGAUUUGGUGGCAAAGGCUGGAAGUAGAGGUACUCUUUCGUGGAGGAACUGUAUACGUCAAGAACGUCCUGAGGUUUUAUCCUCUGCUGGUACACACAUGCUUCACUACGACCCCAUGAAAAAAACAUUUCCUCCAGAAGUCAAAGUACUGAAUGGUGAAUUGAACAACAGCAGUAAACACAAUAAUCUCUACUGUUCAUCAGCUGAUGUUUCUAAUCAAGCACCGUUGCCUUUCCAUAAUUACUCGAAAACAGGCAUUUUAGAUAAAUCUAAAGAUCUUAUGUCCAGCAGAACCUUUCCUCUCCAAAGCAGGCCUGUCAGUGCAACCACAGCUUGUUUUUCGCAAUCACCAACAGGAUUGAAUUUAGAAAAAAGGUCUUCUUUGCUGCCUCUUUAUGGCUUUGUAAAUACAAGUAAUGCUCCAGUAUUCUCAACAAACCAACCCAGUUAUGCCAUUGACAGACAGCGUUAUAUAGGAAAUCAUUAUGAUGGCCAACGAUAUUUGAAUACUAAGGUAAAUCAAGCGUUGGAACAUGUAACUGAAAAAUCUAAACAAGAAAAUUUGUCUAACUGUGUGAAUUCAUCAGUUAUGCCUAAAAUAACAUCAGUUUUUUCACUUCAAAGUAAUCAGGCAUCUAGCUAUUUGUCACCUGAACUAAACCAGUCAUUACAAGAUGUGUUAAAAGGAGAACCUGCUACUCAGUCGUGCAACUACAUAAAAACUGGUUAUGAUCAGUCAUCUCAAAAUAAUCAAGCAGGUUGUAAAACAUUUGCACACUUCAAAGAUUCCACAGUUUUGUGCAACGUAACCCAUUCUACUAAAUUCAAGAGAGAGCUGAAUGAGAACUGCAGCACAACAAAUGAAGGUGUAUAUUUUAGGAACGAAGGAGAAAUCCCAUCUCUUAGAACAGACGAAAUAAAUUCAGCUUCAAGGGCAACAGGCAUUGGUACAUUACUUAAGACUCAGGCAGAUUCAAUCAUAACACAUCAGUUGGCAAAAGACAAGAUGCACUACAAUAUCCAUGGUCCCAACAUUGUCUAUCCAUCUCCUCCAGAACAGAAGAGAUCUGUGUUGCUUCAGCCAUCUUCACCAAGGUUUUUUGUACCUUUGCGCCUUGCCCACCAGCAAGGAUUACAAGUUAUUUCAGGAAAGCCUUCUCCAAAAAUGAGUUCAUCAGAUGCUCAGGCAGCAAGAGGUGGAACUACAUCUUUACUUUUAAACAAAGGUCCUGGGAUGAUUUUGACGUUUGGUAGUGGGUCACUUGGAACAAUUGCAAAUGCCACUGAAAAUAACUCUCAGGUUUUAGAGAAAUUUGCAUCUAAGGACUGUGGUAAAGAGACAGUAUUUGCAUCGGAGAUGGAGUUGAAAACAGACAGUUCUAAAAGCAUAAGAAAUUCUGCUGGUGCUGAGGUAUGCAGUGGGUCAGUAAGUGCUUCGUCCAUUGGCAUUCCGCAAAUGGAGCAACUUAACAUUACAAAUGUUUCUUCUGUGAAAAUACUUGCUGGAUAUCAAGGCAGUAAAGUUGCCUCCUUCGAAUCAAGAAAACAGACGGAGAUUGGACAAGAACAACCCGUUUAUGCACUUUUGCCUGAUGGCAGACAAGCAGUUUUUCUUAAAUGUAUGUCACCAAACAAGUCUCUUAUACAGAACUGUACUACUAGUAGUCAAAAUUCUGAACCAAAGAAACCUGGAACAAUGCAACAAAAGCUUUUUUUGAAAAUUAAGACUUUUCCUGCUGCUGACAACUGCCAACCAGUUAGCAACAUUGUGUCAUCUUUACAGUUCAAUAGUAUGCAUUCCCUUAAUCCCCAAAAGACAGCUCUUUCUUCUAGUGAUGCCUUACUCCUCCCAGGUAGAUUGAUGCCUACAAAUGCCUGUUUGGCAAGUGAUAAAUCAAAGGAUCCUUGCAUUUCUGUAGAAUCUGAACAUUCCUCUAGGCAUGUGAAGACAUGUUCCCAAAAGAUCCCAUCUGAUUCAGCACAAACUGUAAUUGCAAACAAAGGGAGCAGUUUUGGAAGUCAAAUCUCAGCAGGGACUAUGACGAGCAAACUUUCAAAAGCUAAACGUCAUUCAAAACAAACUGGUGCUAAAGUUUCUGAUGGUACAGUUUCACAGAAGAACAGGAAUUUGAAACGGAAAGCUAAGGAUGACUUUAAGGAACCCCCUAGAAAGAAAACGUUGCAUCGAAAGUGUAAAGAGAAAAAUCAAAUGGAUGUGAAUGAAUUUGAAUCCUUGCUUCAGGCCCCUUGUAGACCGAGAAUGUCAAAAGACACUGUAAGGAUUCUAAAGUUACUUCCUUUUAAUUCCAAACAACUUGUCAAAUGCCCCCGAAGAAAUCAGCCAGUUGUAGUACUAAACCAUCCUGAUGCAGAUGUUCCAGAAGUUGUAAAUGUUAUGAAGACUAUUGCGAAAUUUAAUGGACAUGUGUUAAAGGUCUCCUUGUCAAAGAGAACUAUUGAUGCUCUUUUGGAGCCAGCAUAUUAUAGUAACAGUUUGUACAUAGUUACUAAUGAUCUGUCUCGAAGAAAACGCAAAAUGCUAAAACCUGUAAGUCCUGUAAAAGAAAGGUUUGUUUUAAAAUUAACACUGAAGAAGACUAGCAAGAACAAUUAUCAGAUUGUGAAAACUACCUCUGAUAAUACGCUGAAAACUACAUUUAGCUGCUGGUUUUGUGGGAGGAUAUUUGACAAUCAGGACAACUGGGUAGGGCAUGGACAGCGUCAUCUAAUGGAAGCCACUCGAGACUGGAAUUCGUUAGGAUAAUUUAUUAUGAUUAGUGAAGAAGGCAAAACAAAAUUCAUCUAAUUGCAGAUUAUUUUGGAUGACAGCAUUAAAAUCAUGUGUUUUUUUUAUAAAAAAAGGAAAAGGUUUUGUGGUAGCACCUAAAAUGAAACUGUAUGAAUUUAAAUUAAAUAGUUGCAAUUGCAGUUUAAACUGCAUUUUGUUACUACGAUCAUGUCAUAUAUUUGUAUUUAGAGAAUGAACUUCAGGGUUUUUUUGUUCUGUAUAUAUUUAAAAAUCAAAGUAUGUACAUAUUUUUGUACUUCAGUUAUUUGGUAUAAAACCUUGCACAGGAAUUGUAUUUUUCCAGCUCUGUGCAUGCACUACUAAAAAUGUUUUUCAGCUACACACA